UCGGCUAACCGACGGGCUUGGCAGCUCCCCCCAUCCAUUCAUCCAUCCUUCCAUCCUUCCUUCCCUCCCCCGCCCUCUUCCUCGCCUUCCCCGCUGGAGCGAUGCCCGCUUGCUCGCAGCCUGCCCAGCCGCAGUGAGCAGGCUGGCUAGCUCGGGAGCCGCCUUUGUCUCUCGCCGCCUGCCUCGCAAGCGCUCGCUCUCUCGCCGCCGCCGCCGCCGCCACUAUGAAGGUCUGGGGACAUAAGAUAGAAUUGCUGACAGGACUUUUGCUGCAGGAAGUGACCAUGGCCGGCCUGCAUGAGCAGCGAUUUACAGAAGAGAAGCCACUGCUUCGGGGGCAGGACACUGAGCUGGAGAAUUCAGAUACUUUCCUCUCUGCAGUGAACACAGACUGGAAGGAGCACGAUAUCGAGACUCCAUAUGGGCUGCUGCAUGUCGUCAUUCGGGGGUCCCCGAAGGGAAAUCGCCCGGCUCUCCUGACGUACCAUGAUGUGGGACUCAAUCACAAGCUUUGCUUCAACACUUUCUUCAACUUUGAGGAUAUGCAAGAGAUCACCAAGCACUUUGUGGUCUGCCAUGUGGAUGCUCCUGGGCAGCAGGCGGGGGCCUCACAGUUCCCUCAGGGGUACCAGUAUCCUUCCAUGGACCAGUUAGCUGCCAUGCUGCCCAGUGUCGUCCAGCACUUUGGGUUCAAGUAUGUGAUCGGGAUUGGUGUGGGAGCAGGCGCCUAUGUCCUUGCCAAGUUUGCUCUGAUCUUCCCAGAUCUGGUUGAAGGCCUUGUUCUGGUCAAUGUGGACCCCAAUGGCAAAGGUUGGAUUGACUGGGCAGCCACCAAGCUCUCUGGCCUGACCAGCACAUUGCCUGACACAGUUCUGACUCACCUGUUCAGCCAGGAAGAGCUGGUGGGGAACACAGAGCUGGUGCAAAGCUAUCGGCAGCAGAUCAGCAGCAUGGUGAACCAGUACAACCUCCAGCUCUUCUGGAACAUGUACAACAGUCGCAGGGACCUGGACAUUAACCGACCUGGGAGCAUCCCGAACGCCAAGACACUCCGCUGCCCUGUGAUGCUGGUGGUGGGCGAUAAUGCACCGGCCGAAGAUGGCGUGGUUGAAUGCAACUCCAAACUGGAUCCAACCACCACCACUUUCCUGAAGAUGGCUGAUUCUGGUGGGCUCCCUCAAGUCACACAGCCUGGAAAACUGACGGAAGCAUUCAAGUACUUCCUUCAAGGGAUGGGCUACAUUGCGUACCUGAAGGACCGAAGGCUGAGUGGAGGAUCAGUGCCCUCUGCCAGUAUGACGCGCCUGGCCCGCUCCCGCACAGCUUCCCUCACCAGCGCCAGCUCUGUGGAGGGCGGGGGCAACCGCCCAAGAGCCUGUACCCACUCGGAGAGCAGCGAGGCCAUGGGGCAGAUCAACCACACCAUGGAGGUGUCCUGCUGAGGGCCUCCACCUUACUCCUCCUCGCCGUCUUCUUCACGGGUGACCUCGAGGGCCCACUCAUCCAGUCACUCUCCAGCUGGCUCCAUCCCCUGCGGCUUCCUGUGGCUUUAAUUUAUUUUGCCGUCUUUCUUUUCCUUUCACAUUAUGGAAUACAAAGUUGGGAGGGGGGCAUAGGGAGAGUGGGAAGCAGCAGCAGCAGCAGCUUGAUGUCAACGGCCACCUCCACCCAUAGGCCCAGGUGCCAUUUUGAACCAGGGAGAUUCCCUUGGGUUGGUUUCUAGCUGGCUUGGAAGCGGCAGGCAUGUCCCUCUGCACAGCUUGAGGCAAGGCGAGCAGGAGGGAUGUUUUACACCUGCCUAGCCAGGGUGCCUCUCCUUCAGAAAAGCCACUCACCCAGUGAGUCAGAAGGGGGAGAGUGUUCUCAUGGGCCCUUCAGCUUAGAUGCCCAACAAUUAAUCCACAAUGUACCUGUGCAGUGGUUUACUUACUUUAUUUAUUUUCAGACACUUAUAUCCCUCCUUUUCCUCCAAGGAGCUCAAGGUGGCAUACAUGGUUCACCCCUCCUUGUUUAAUCCCCGCAACAACCCUGUGAAGUAGGGUAUUUGAGAGGGGCAGUGACUGGCCCAAGGUCCUCGUCUGACACUCCAACCACUUUACAGCACUGGUUCAGGAAGGAGGGAAAUUGCAACCUUGAAGGCAAAUGCCUCUUAGUUUCUACCCUUCUCUUUGGCCUUGGAGCACAAGCUUUUUAGUUCCACAGCUUUGGAAAGCCUUUUUGGUGGCUGACUCUGUGCCGGCAGGUUUUGUUGGAAAGACAACGGAAAUUGGGGCUUAACUGGGUAGGAACAUGCACAUAGAGUCGAGCCGUUUCUCCAGCUGCUGUAGAAGACCACCCAGGGGGUCCUAUUGCAUCAUUUCCUUCCCCUACAUGUAAAUUCAGUCAAAAGCAGAAAGUCGGAAGUUGUGCGCACCCCCCGCCCAUACUAGGAAUGAGCAGCAAGACUUUCCAAGCAUAAGGGGUAGGGAAAGGUCAUAGUUGGUUUUAGGAUUUGUUUGGGGUUUCCUCAAGCCUUUUAAUCAGUGCUAUAAAUGGCCAUUGGGUAAAACUUGUUGCAAUAUAAGCUGCCCCCACUACCAUCGCUUAUUAAUUUUUUUUAAAAGGACAAUCAGUGGCAGGAAUCAAAAACACAAGGGCACAUUUACGCAUGUUUAGAGCAUGCUAACCCUUGUGGCUUUCCCCUCAGGAAUAGUAGAUUCUUGAUACUCUUGCACAAUAACUGUUCCCAGGAUCCUUCCCUAGAAAGCAGUGCUCAGUUGUGCAUAUGCUUUUAGGCUCAGCAGGAAUAAGUAGCAGAAGCUUAUCCAGCCUCAAGGAGGGAAAAUGGGGCCCAGGAACAUGGCAUUUAUUUAGUUAUUUAAAAUAUUUGUUUCCUGUUCUUGAUCAACAGUCCCGGAGCAGGGUACAAGAACUAUUUUAAAACACAACACAGAAAAUAAAAACAUACAAAUAUUCCCAACUAGGCAGGCACUCUUGGGGGUGUCAUACUCCAGCCUCUACUGUGUAAGGCUUGUGUUGAUGGGGAUAAAGAGCUUCCUCCCCAAAACGGCCCCAUAGGGGACUGGUCACAUCUCCUCCAUGCUCCUGCCUGUAUAAAAAAACAGGUAGCCUCAUGGAAGGCCCUGAUCCCGAAGUUUUGUCUGUGGCCCCCUCUGCACCUCAGGGAUGUGAUGGAUCAUGUGAAGGUGCUGGGAUAUCUGCCCCCAAACUGUCCCUGUCCACAUUAGAUGCUGUAUCCACUUAAGUUCUACUCUGAGUAGAACUAGCACUGGAUAGAGGCCAUUGUUCCAAUUGACCCCACAGGAGCACCCAGUCUCUCGCCCUCAUGACAGCAGCCUCUGUGGUUUCCCUUAUGAAAUAUUUCAUCUAGUAUUUAUUUACUCACUGUAAUGUCAUCACAGUUAAGGGGGGGGGAGAAAAAGGCAAUGUUCAUUUGAAUUUCCUCCCCACUCUUUUCCUGUUGAGUAGAUUGUGAGCCUGUGAGCAGGGGUCUUCUGGUGUUUUAAUAUCUGUAUGGCUAUAUGGCACUUAGAAAAAAAUAGACUCUUUAAUAAGCAUUAAAUGAUAAUUACUCUUAUAUUCAAGAAGCUACCCAUAAGUUCCAUUGGUCCUUUCAUUAGAUGGAGGCUCUCAGGGGGGCAAUUCUAUAUGCAUUAAUUAACGUUACAGGAUACGUUCCCCCAAUUCCAGUAAAGAGGCUUGCGGAAUCCUCACUUCUAAAGAUGCCCUGUUUGCCUAGCAUCCAGCCCCUUCACUCUGUCCCCUCACGAUGUGGUUAUGCUUCGUACUAGCAUGCCACCAUGUCAUCUUGUGUUUUGUCCUGCCUGACUUUCUGAAGGAUCCCCCCGCAACCACCUGAGUGCUCUCUGGGACAGUGCCUCAUUUCCGUUCUGGUAGCACCACAAAACCAGAGGGAAGCAAAUGUGUGUGUCCUCUAGGAUAGGUCUCAGGCAGCCCCCACCCCACCCCGUGGCUCUGGGGCUGUUAAUUUAUUGAGGUCUUUCCAUUUCAGUUCAUCUCAGAACCCCUUUGUGAGUUUUGAGGAGGAACAGUUAGCAAGAAUUUGCCUUUGCAUUUCUUCUCAAGUUCCGCACAUUCAUGCCUUUGAAGAGACGAUUCUCCCUACUCGCUCUGCAUUACUGUAAGCCUGCUAUUGACGUGAAACCAGAAAGGCUCUUGUCCAUGCCACUCUGGGCUCCAAAUGAGCCAAUAUACCCUUCUCCUUCCUUUCCCCAAACUGCUGCUGGACCACCCAGCCCAUCGUUCUUGCUGAAUCCCAAAUGCAUCCUUACCGCAUCCUGAUCUCAUGUCAGACACUCAGUUCUUUUUACUGAUAAAACACCCCACCCACAUCACCAAUCUUGCACAUCACUGCGUUUCCACGCAAGCAAAGAGCUUGAAGUGUGGUUUGGCCCAAAGAGCAACAAGCAGCUUGCGAGGAGUUCUGUCUCGCCUCUCUGCUACUCGGCAGGCUUUGCACCUGACUUUCUCGCUCCUGACAGUGCGCACGUCAAGGGGUAUAUAUGUGUGCGUAGCCAGGUAUCUUUGCAUUUAAAUGGUUUGAUGUUGCCACAACCAGUCCAGACACACUCUCUGUUUGAUGUAAUCCUCUAAUCUCAGACUCUUUUAUUUUGUGUGCUUCCUUCUAAACUUUAAAUAUGAAUGACUGAAGGCUACUAGGACCCUCUUUUACUGUAGAUCAGCUUUUGCCAACCUGGGACCCUCCAGAGGUUGUUGGAUUACAGCUCCCCUCAGCUCCUCAGCAUCACACAGCCAAGUUGGCUGGAGCUGAAGGAAGUUGCAGGAGAGAACACCUGCUGGAGGGCACCUGGUUGGAGGAGGCUGCUGUAGAUAUUGUUGCCUUUUUUCUUGAUGUCUUCUUUCAGAUGAGAUAGAUCUAUAAAUUCCUAUAUAUAAUAUUUAUCUUGGAUUCCACCCCUGCCAUUUACUUGUAGCAAUUGGCAACCAAUGUGCAGCUUUUCAUUUGAAGGUGAUCUAGCUAUUACUGUGGGGUGGGGGUGGGGGGAAUUGGAUUUUUUUAAAGAAACAUUUUCCUGAUUAAGGUGGAAUUUAAUGGAUUUCUUUUUUCUGUAUGAGGUGAAAUGUAAUAUUUUUGUGCAUGAUGGUUGUUGAUGCUCUCUGGUUGCAUUGAUGCCACAAUAUCUACAAAAUGUAAAACAAGGCAAACAAACAAACCCAUUGAUGUAGAGAGGAUUAUUGUGUUGAAAACUAAUAAAGAUAUUAAGAUCAAGCAGA